AUGAGUAAAUUAUCUACACCUCCAUCUAGCAGUAUCGAUGCCAUGGAACCCGAGAAAGUCGAGCGCGUCGCAACGCAGGAUAAAGUGCCCGGUCAUAGUAAUUACUAUGAGAAGAAUGGACUGCGUGCAUACGGCGAUGAUGAAGAUCAUUAUCACGAACCUAAAGAUGUAGGAGCUAAAUUUCUGGGUUCAGGCGCCAUUCCACCUUAUAUUUAUUCUGACCUUGGUGGAACAGAUAGGUGGAUAUGGUUUGUCCUCGCAAAUCUCCUUGCUUUAGCGGGAGUAUGUCCAUUUGUCGGAAGUCUCUCUGAUCUCCUCGGGCGCCGUUAUGUCGCACUCCUAGGAGCUGUAUUUGUUGCCAUUGGUAUGAUAGUUUGUUCAACCGCUCAGACUAUGAAUACAUUUAUUGGAGGAAUGGCUAUUGCGGGAAUUGGAGCUGGCAUUAAUGAACUCACUGCUUUAGCUGCAACAUCCGAGUUAGCACCUACCUCAAAACGUGGAACCUACGUCGCCGUCCUCGUUUUCACCAUCAUUCCAUUUUGUCCCUCAGUUUUGUGGGGCCAACUCAUCGCCUCGCAUGCAGGAUGGCGUUGCAUUAUCAUGUUCUGGCCUACUCAGGCCUUCAAUGUAUAUGGGCAUGAUCCUGUUGGUGUGGGUAUCAGAGGAAUACCAGUUGGCUUCUCAAUUCUAGCCGGAGCUUGUAUCGCGUUGUGGUUACUAAGUGUGCUACGAGGUAGAAAUAAGGAAUUGAUGAUUGCAAGUUCGAUAUUAAUGACAGCCGGAUGUGGUGCCCUUGCAUGCGCCAAUAGAUACAACCUAUCAACAUUAUGGAUUUUGCUCAUCAUCGCUGGAUUGGGAAUCGGUGGAAUUGUCGUGCCAGCUUCGAUAAUAACCACGAUAAUAUGUCCCGACGACUUGAUCGCAACCGUUACUGCCCUUACCCUCUCCAUCCGAGUUAUCGGUGGCAGUAUAGGUUAUUGUGUCUACUACAACAUCUUCGUAAGCAAAUUUAUUCCUGCUGCCACGUUGCAUAUUGGAGGCCUGAUGGCUCGAGAACUCCAUAUCAGAAACAGAACUCUUAUUCAUGAAGCCAUUGAGUAUACAGCUCAUGCUCUACUGCCACUGCUCAAGACCAUUCCAGGUAUUGCCGGGAAUGAAACUGCGUAUCAGAUGGUUGUGAUCGCAGGACAGGAGGCAUAUGCUGAAAGCUAUGUUUACGUGUACUAUGCGAGCACGGCAUUUGGGGCUGUGAGCAUUUUGGCGGCGUGUUUUCUGGGUGAUAUCAAUGCAUAUAUGGAUGACCAUGUAGCUGUGGUAAUGCAUUGA